ACCAGAGUGAUCUAUUGCAAUGUUGUGACAUUGUUAUUCAUCACAUGUCAGAUUUACGCAAGAUCGAAGUAGAACAUAAUUAACAACACAAGACUUCAUGAUAAAGUAUUUCUAGAUAGUUUAUUUCCAAACAGUAAAGUAAUAUUUUUAUCCCACACACAAUAUGUCGAAGUUUCUCGUUCACUCAAAGACAUUUUUACCAAUGGUCAUCCAAAAAAGCUCCACAGAGACAACUCAGCAGAUAUUCGAAAACCAUCCGUCUCUUUCUUCAAAACCUCUUCUAACAGCAGGCACACAGACAGAUUCAAACAAGAAGGACGACGUCCUCCCCAAUGAGGAAAUGAAGAAGAUGCCGCUUCAGGAAACUAUGGUGGUGUCUAAAGUGGCAACAGUGAACCGUGAAACCCAGAGGACUGUUUUUCAGGCCUUGAUAAUGGAUGUGGUGCAAGUGCAAGAGGUGGUGAUGAUCGUUCUGGCUAGGUGGCACAUGUGGCUGCUGGGCCGGCCACUGGGGUUGAUGCGGGGGCUGACUGUGUCAGGGGAGCGGGGGCCCAGGGGGAUGGGCAGAGGGGAUACGACCCUGGUGUGGAUAGAAGGCCGUCCUAAACUGAAGGAGGACGAGCCCAUACCUCUCAUCCUGCCUGAAAGGCUCGGAAAGAAGAUGUCCCCGAUGAUCGCCAAGUCCGACAAGGGAGAGGGGAAGGAGCGGCCUGAUGAAGAGUCAAAGAUUUCCCUCAAGUCGAACGUCUGGGAGACCGUUAUGGAACGUUCGCCUGGGUGGCAAAAAUCCAUUUCGAACGGUUUAGGAGAAUUGCAGAAAAAGGUCGUCCAAAAAUUUUCCACAUAACAAUUUUGUUACUGCACAUUUCAAAUUUUAAGUUAUCAAUGUAUUUGUAUUUAAUUGUUGUUCAAACUGGUUUAUAGGCGAAAAUUAUUAGUCAGUUGGUUCCUUUA